UGUGAACUUCCUCUGUUGAGUAAAAGCAUUUUAUGUAUCUGAGUGACUUGGACUAAAAAACUUUAUUUAUUUAAGUAACUAUGCAAGCCAAAUGUUGGAUUAAAUUACCAGACACAAGGACCAGAUCUACCUCGAGAGGUCUGAUUGGAACUAUUGUUGUUCUCUUUUUCGCUGUGUUAUGCUGCUUGUCACUUCUGGUCAUGUUACUGCAGCAAAUAAGAGAUCUACGGAGUGAACUGGCAAAAGUCCACAAACAACUUAAUGUUUUUAGCAAGAGGGCAAGGGUAAAUCUUGAGGAUGAUUCAGUGGAACAUGAACAAGAAAUGGAAGAUCUGUCCGAAAAUUUGAAAAAUAGCUAUAAUGCCAAAUCCCAAAUAAAAGAGCAGUUAACUGGACUGAAUGAGAAGAGCUAUGAUCUCAGGAGCAUUUCAAGGAAAAGGAGGGAUGUAAGAUCCUGUGAAAGACAGAUAUCAUUCCUCCAGCUGAUUCCUAAUGCUAGGAAAAGCAUAAUUUUGCAAGCAGAAGAUUCAACCUUUAUUCCUUGGAUUGUGGCUUCAAAGAAGGGUGAGGCACUGAAGGCAAUUUCCAACAAAAUAGUUGUGAGAGAGAGUGGUUAUUACACUGUGUACAGUCAGGUUCUUUACUAUGAUAACUGCAUGGCCAUGGGUCAUGUAGUCCAGAAGAGGAAGGCUAAUGUUGUUGGGAAUGAACAAUCUGUGCUGACGCUAUUUCGCUGCAUUCAAAACAUGCCAAACAGCUCAGCCAGUAAUACCUGUUUCACCGCUGGAAUUGUGAAUCUUGACCAAGGGGAUGAGCUGGAACUCCUGUUACCAUCCCGACCCAAUGCCAACAUCUCCAUGGAGAAAGAUUCAACAUUUUUUGGUGCCAUUCAAUUAUUACGAAGCAAUGUCUGAGAGUGAAUUGACUGCCCAAGAGUGGGAUAAUUUUACAUGAGAUGCAUGCUUGUAUAUUUCCCCUGAUCUUCAAGAUUAACCUUAUAAUCAAAAGACACCAGCAUCAUUAAUCAAGCAGUUGGAUUUAUCUGCUAUCAUCGCAGGUUGUGAUAUAUUUAUGAUACUAGGAUCUGCCGUUGUCCCUCACUUUCUAAGUUAUUUCACAAUCAAUUUAAUUGCAUAUUGCUUUGGAUGAAAUCUAAUCCUGUUCAGGCCCUCGUGUUUUAUAUUUUUCACUGUCUGGAAAAUAAAUUGUUGCUUGCUUUCAUAAACCUAUCUUCCCAAUGCCACCAGUUUCUCUUGCAUGUGAUUUCUUGCAAGGCCUUUGUAAAGUCAAGGCAAUAUUGUUCUAAUGAACUACAAGUCAAGUACAUCAUGGACAAAACAGGUAAUCAUCCUGGGAUUUCUCCAAUAUUUCACAUGGCUGUGAGGGCUGAGAGAGUUAAUGGGAUCUUUAAGGAGAUACAGACUGUUCCUCAGGUUAAACAUUUCAGUGGCUCUCUCUUACAGUGUUCUGAGAAAACAUACUGUACAUUUUGCAUGUGUAACAUGUUGCAUGGAUAAAAUGGAAAAUAUUGCAAAUAUUUUAGGCACGGCAAAAGCGAGGAUCUAGAAAAUCUCUUCAUCAUGUGAAUCAAAAACUGUCUGUCACAUGCAACAUGACAAUGAGUUUUGAUACAAUUUACAUCAGCAACAUCAAUCAGCUGUGCAUCCAAUAUCCAGUAUGGGAUGUACAGAAUUACCAAGUAAGGAUUGGGUAGACAAAAGUUGUUGAUAAUCUCUUUUUCCUGGCCACUGACUCUAUCCCUCUCCCCAGAAACUGUCUGUGCUGGAUUUGUCACAUUUGAUCUGAGUAUAUGCUUCUCAUCAAAUAUCUGCAUCACCAUUAAGGCUAAUAUAAAAUCAAAAUACAGCCUCUGCUGGAGAUCUGAAAUAAAGCAGGAAGUUCUAGAGAAAUUCAACAGAUCUGGCAGUAUCUUUGUAGGGAAAAAUAGAGUUAAUGUUUCGAGUUCAAUGAUUCUUCUUCAGAACCCAGACAGCCCACUUCCAUCUUUGUAACAUUUCCAAAAUCUGCUGUUGCCCCAUCUUACCUUCAUCUACGGCACUGUUACUCUUCACUCUAUUUAUUCCAAUAAUUUUGUGGCUGACCUCUCAUCUUCAUAUAACUUUGAGCUCAUCCAAAAGUCUGUUGUCCACGUCCUAACUUACAUUGUGUUCAGUUCACACGUCACUCACAAUUCUCCACAAUAUCUACAUUCUUCCAAUUGUACCACUGAUGCAUUCAUAAUUUUAAUCAGUCCACCAUUGUUGAUCAUGCCUUCAACUAUCAAUGCUCUAUGAUCUGCAAAUUCACACUCUAUAUUGCUGUAUCUCUCACGCUUCUUUAAGAUGCUCUAUUGUAGGCAUAUAAAUAGUGAAAGGGGAGUAAGAGGAGGAAUGGAUCCAAUUAGGGACUAACCAUGGGAUUUAUGAAUGGAGGUGGGAGGUAACACUGAAGUAUUAAGUGAAUAUUUGAUACCUAUUUUUAGCAAGGAUGAAGAAGCACUCAGCUGAUACUGAAUGAGGAUGCAGCUCAGACACAUGAAUUUGGUAAGGAAGUGGUAUUGGAUAGGCUUAAAGACUGGUUGAAUUGCAUCCAAAAAUACUGCAGGAAGUUAAAGUAGAAGUUGCAGAAGCACUGACCAUAAUCUUCAGACUUGUGAGCAAGGGUAGGAGUCAUGCAAUAAAAUGGACAGCAGCAACAUUUGAUACAAAAUUAGCUAAAUGAUAGUAAACAAACAGUAGUGUGGAUAGUUUUUUUUGGACUGGAGGAAGAUUUAUUGUAGAGGUCCAUGGGUAUCAGUGUCAGAUCCUUGCUUUCCUGAUAUAUAUUCAUGACCUCGACCUUAAUGUACCAGGCAAGAUGAUAAAAUGUGCAGAUGACAAAUAUUUGUAAGCAUUAAGAACUGGGAAGAUAGUAUAGAAUUUUAAAAGGAUGUGCACAGGUUGGUGAAAUGGGCAGAAAAGUGGCAGAUAAAAUUUAAUGCGCAGAAAAGUGAAGUAAUUCAUUUUGGUCGGAAAUAGCAGAUAGACUGCAUAAAAGUAAAGAUGCAAUUCUAAAGGGCGUACAGGAUCAGGAGGAUCUUAAUAUAUAUACAUAUAGAUCAUUGAAGAUGGUAAAGCAGGUUGGAACAGUAGUCAAUGAAGCAUUCGGGAGCCUGGGCUUUAUCAAUAGGGCCAUAUAGUACAAGUACAAGGUAGUUAUGUUAAACAGUGGUCCAACAUUGGCUGGAGUAUUGACUCUAGUUUGGGUACCAUGCUUCUGAAAGGAUGUGAAGGCAUUAAAGAGAAUGCAGAAAAGAACAUGAGAAUGGUUCCAGAGAUGAUGUUACAUAGAAAAGGUGGCAAAAUUGAGAUUGUUUAUCUUGGAGAAGAACACUUGAGAAGAAAUUCAACAGAGAUAUUCAAAAUCAUGAAGGGUCCGGGUCAGGUCAAUAGGGAGAAAUUGUUCCCACUGAUGGAAGAAUUGAAAACCACAGGGCAUAGACUGAAGGUAAUUGCCAAAAGAAGUAUCGGUGACAUGAGGAAAUAUUUUCCAUGCAGCUAAUGGUUAGGAUCUACUUUCCAAACGAAAUUGGAGAAUUAUCCAAAAA